GAUGCAGAGAAUUCUCCAGCAAGUGACCCGUGCCCCACACUGCAGAGGAAGGUGAAAACCCCCCAGGACAUCUGCCAAUCUGUCCUGGAGGAAAAUUCCUCCCCGACCCCAAAUAUGGUGAUCAGCCUUGUCCUAAAUCCCCUCCGACUUUCUGCCAGUGAACAGUGCAGUAAGCUGGCUUGUGUGCACCACUACACUCUUAGACGGCUUGUACGUUAAAGAUGCUUAUGUGUAAGCAAAAAGAAAAGGAGUACUAGUGGCGAAUACAGACUAACACGGCUGCUACUCUGAAACCUGUCGUUAUGUGUAUGCAUAACCUGAAGUCAGAGCCCCAUAUCGCACCAUGCCAGACUGGCCUCAUAGGCAUUGCUGGUCAUUAUAUAAAGGUCAUUGAUUUCCACAUAAAUCAUUCCAAUGACCUUGGACCUAAAUGGAGGGUGGGGCUGGGACUUGCGUGUGUGGUUUGUCCAAGCAGCAGCUCACUGACCAUAACACAUUCCCAUCCGACAGUGCAUCUGGCUAAGCAUUCAGAUGUAUUCUUGGGAUCUUAGGAAACUUCCUGAAAAAAGGGAAAGUAAGGAGCAAGUGGGUGUGGGUAGACACAUCCCUCAUCCAAGGGAGUGGGUGCAAGUGUGGAGCCGUUGAAGAUGUAGAAGAAGACAGUGACUGGAGCAGAUGUUUGCACUGGAAAGCUAUUGUGCCAAAACCUGUUAACUGGGAGGGCAAUGGGGGUCAAACUUUAGGUGACAUGACUCUAAGCCUCUCAGUUUGUGUGUGGCAAUCCAACGGUGUGUAAAAAUACUGUAAUUAGGGACACGAUAUAAAGGGUCACCCUUUUCCCUGUAUGCUGCCUAUACGCAGUAGGACAACACAGUCAGGCUUCUCAGGUAUUUAGAAGACACAGGAGUUCUAUUGUGGAGCUAGAAAGGUCUCCUGGGGCCGCUUCUUAGAUUCAUCACACAGGUACGUCUUCCCUAGAAAUAACCCCACAGAGAGCUCCUGAAAUCAUUUCUUCAAGAGUCGAAUCUGAUCUUCAGUGUGCACUAGUGAGUUAAUGUGACCGCUGUAACCUGGCGUAGAGCGAAAGGAAAGGAAAAAGGAACAGCUUCUGUGGGUGGAAGGCUUGCUGGGGAACAAGGGCAGAGAGAGAGGCAAGACUGAUUCCCUGGGUCACUGCGGGGGUAGGCCAGGAGAAAAGGGCAGACAGGUAUAAGAGAAAGGACUUGCUAGAACUUGCCUAUGCCUGGGCCUUGGUUGGGUUUGGGACACUCUGAUAUUGGCCGGUGCUGGUAGUUUAAGCUGGUAGUUCAGGUUGUCUUGCACGUGACAUACUGAUUAGUUUCUUCAUAUGCAACUCGUAAGAACAGCUAACAGAAUGAAGAUGAACUCCAGUGACAGCAGCGAAUCAGAGAAUGAUACUGAGGAAGAGGAGGAAGAAGAGUUUGCAAAUGAACACAUUAAGAGACUGGGUGGAGGAAGAAAAGAUAUGCGUCAGGAUGGCACUCCUCAGGAGGGAGCUUUUGAGGCAGAGGACACAUGCCUAGGGCACAAGAGUGAACACAGUUCAGGUGGGAAAAGUGAUCUGCCGACUGUCUCACUGAUCGAUCUGGAAGAACAAAUGACAGAAGACUGUGAAGCAGAGACCGCUCCAAGAAAGAAAAAGAGAAAACACAGGCUGCUCUCUAUCAACCUGACCAACUGCAAGUAUGAGAGUGUGCGGCGUGCUGCCCGACACUGUGGCCUAAAAGAAGUGGGGGAGGAUGAGGAGUGGACGGUGUACUGGACGGACUGCUCGGUCUCUCUGGAGCGCGUCAUGGAAAUGAAGAGGUUUCAGAAAAUCAACCAUUUCCCGGGGAUGACGGAGAUUUGCCGGAAGGACCUGCUGGCCCGCAACCUCAACCGCAUGCUCAAACUCUUCCCCAAGGAGUACAGUAUCUUCCCCCGCACCUGGUGCCUGCCUGCUGACUAUGGGGAUUUCCAGACCUACGGGCGCAUGAGGAAAAACAAGACGUACAUCUGCAAGCCAGACAGUGGCUGCCAAGGGAGGGGCAUCUUCAUAACCCGCAACCCAAAGGAGAUUAAACAUGGGGAGCACCUGAUCUGCCAGCAGUACAUAUCCAAGCCCUUCCUUAUUGAUGGCUUCAAAUUUGACCUGCGUAUCUAUGUCCUGGUCACAUCCUGUGACCCCCUGAAGAUUUUUGUCUAUGAGGAAGGGCUGGCCCGGUUUGCCACCAUGAGGUACAUCGAGCCCAGCAGCAGCAACCUGGUAAAGAAGGACGAUAUCUGCAUGCACCUGACCAACUAUGCUAUCAACAAACAUAAUGAAAACUUCAUCCGAGACGACAUGAUGGGCAGUAAGAGGAAACUGUCUACCUUGAAUGCCUGGAUGAUGGACAACAGCUACGACACGACAGAACUCUGGGAAGACAUUGAGGACAUCAUUAUAAAGACCCUUAUCUCAGCCCACCCUGUUCUGAAGCACAACUACCGCACCUGCUUCCCCAACCACAUCACCGGUUGUGCCUGCUUUGAGAUUCUGGGCUUUGACAUCCUGCUAGACAGAAAGCUGAAACCCUGGCUGCUGGAGGUGAAUCACUCUCCCAGUUUCACCACGGACUCGCACUUGGACCGAGAGGUGAAGGACGCUUUGCUCUGUGACGCCAUCAACCUGAUAAACCUGCGAGCCUGUGACAAGAGGAAGGUGCUGGAAGAGGACAAGCGACGGGUGAAGGAGCGACUCUUCCAGGCCCACCAGCCACCUCGUGAAGCCAGACGUGAGCAGUUAGAAAACAGCCAGGCGGCCUGGCUGGCCCAAGCAGAGAAAUAUGAGAACACGCACCUGGGAGGGUACCGGCGCAUUUACCCUGCACUCGAGACAGACAAGUAUGAGCCAUUCUUCAAGCACAGCGGCUCCCUCUUCCAGGAAACAGUGGCUUCCAAGGCAAGAGAGGAAUGUGCCAGGCUGCAGCUGGAGGAAAUUCGCUUGAAGCAAGAGCAACGAGAGGCUACUACUGGGAAGAAGAAAAAGGAGCGAAAGGAGAACCUGCAGGGAGAGUCAGCUGGGGAGAAAUCCCGCAUCCGCAGCAAGGCCAAGGUUCCUCCCACCCGCCUCACCUACAGCAGCACCAGGACCUGCGACAGGAAGAUGCAGCAGAUGGUGUUUGACUCCAUGCGGCCCCAGGAGAUAGUGGAAGAUGAGGAAGUAGAGAGGAUCAAGGCUCUUCUGCAGCGCGAAAACCUCAUCCGGGGUCUGGGCAUCGUGGAUCAGCUCUCUCGGCUGCUCCACACAACUGAGCCCCGGCCUGUGGAUGUCCACAGACCCCACAUCAAUAUCUCCGAGAGCCAGCCGCAGUUCCUUCAGGAUGUGUUUGGGAACCGGGAGACACAGGGGUUAAUGACCCUUGUCCCCCUCUCGCUCCUGGGAAGCACAGUCCGGGAGUUAGGACAGCAGAUCUUGCAGCAGCCUGCGGCCAGAGCCCAGAUGCUGGGCAACCAGGGCUUCAUUCCCACCUUCUUGGGUACCCUGUCAGGGAUGGGCCAGAGCAUCCCCUACCGUGCACAGUAUAAGCCACAGCAUGGUCUGCAGCCGCAGAAGAACAUGAGCUGGUUAGGAAGCCACACUCUGGAGACACCGAUAGUCACCGAGCCCUGUGCUCUGGCAAAGAUGCUGAAGGAAGGAGGCCGGAGAUUCUCCAGCGCCAGAAACAAGGUCGAAGGCCAUGCCCACGCCCCAAGGCGGCCCCUCCAUGUGGCCAGUGGUUACUCUGACUCUCUGAGGUACCUGGCUCAUGCUGGCAAGGCUCCAAAUCACACGUAUAGUGGCUGCACGUUCCCCUCAGUGACACACCCCCUAAGCCGUGCUGCAGUCCACGAGCUAGCCAUCAACUCUGCCUCUGCUCCCAUCGUCCAGCGCUCAGACACCUCACACCGUGCCAAUGCCAUGUCCAUUCUCAACUUCAACCACCACAGGAAAUGGACCUGAACCUUGGCCAAACAGUCUCUGGGGAAGAAAGGGACCAAUGGCCUUGGGAAUCCUGCAGCCAAAGGUGAUGGCUGUGCCAAAAGACAUGGUUUCUUCUGCGUGGAAGGGAGAAAAACCUCCAAGGGGACAGGCAGAUGAGGGGGAGACAAGGGAAACAGUGACCCCAGGCCUGCUGCGAUGACCUGGCAGCUAGCGAUGAAAACGCAGGUGUCUGCUGCAGAUGAGGAGCCCCUCAGUGAGGGCUGAGCACUUCAGACACCAUUUAGUGGGCACUCUAGAGUCAUCUCUCCACUGGACAGAGCUGUUUUCAGACAAUGCUGUGCAAGGGAUUUUGUUAAUAGUAUUCGGCACCAUCCUCUGCAGCCGACUUUGUCCUGUAGCUGGGAUCCCAGCCUGUAACUGCAACCUCUCCCCCACACCUACUGAUCAGCACUCUAAUAGCAGGGCAGCGUUAGUGACUCAGGGCAGGGCUUAUUUCCUUCAGGGCUGCAAGAGUUUGUUCUUUUGUAUCUGUCUUAUUAAAGUUUUAUACGGUUUUA